AUGACUUAUAACUGCAAAAUUCCCAAACCUUUCCUACAUGUCUACGAUUCGUUUUCAUUUUCUUCGCCCCAAACCCUCUCUCUUUCUUCAAUAUUUUCCAUAAAUUUCUCCAACCUCUCCGAUUGCCAGAUUUAGAUCCGAUCUUUGGCAUCGUCGUUGCUUCUCCAAUGGCGGUGGUGUCACCGUUAGCCAAGUACAAACUGGUGUUCAUCGGCGAUCAAUCCGUCGGAAAAACUAGCAUCAUCACCCGUUUCAUGUACGACAAAUUCGACACCACCUAUCAGGCCACUAUAGGCAUCGAUUUCUUGUCAAAGACUAUGUAUCUUGAAGAUCGAACAGUUCGCUUGCAACUUUGGGAUACUGCUGGACAAGAAAGAUUUAGAAGUCUUAUCCCGAGCUACAUCCGAGAUUCUUCAGUGGCAGUGGUGGUCUACGACGUUGCCAAUCGCCAGUCGUUUAUAAACACUACAAAGUGGAUUGAAGAAGUGAGAACCGAACGUGGUGGUGAUGUUAUUAUUGUUCUUGUAGGAAACAAAACUGAUCUUGUUGACAAAAGACAAGUUUCCAUCGAAGAAGGAGAUAACAAGGCUCGUGAAAUCGGUAUCAUGUUCUUGGAAACUAGUGCAAAAGCUGGUUUCAAUAUAAAGCCACUGUUUCGGAAAAUAGCAUCUGCGUUGCCAGGGAUGGAGACGCUUUCGUCAACAAACAAGGAGGACAUGGUCGACGUGAACUUGAAGUCUAAUGCAAAUUCUUCCCAGUCACAGCAGCAAGGAGGCGGCUGUGCGUGCUAGAAUUAGGUGAGACGGGAGCAGGGGAGAAGCAAACAACAUUAACAUUUUUUGGAUUACAUGCUUAAAUCUCUUUGUUCUGGUUGGGGAUGUAGACUGCUUCGCUUAGAAUUUUGGUUAUUGUACUCUUGAACUAGUGCAUGUAUUUAUUCUUCUCUCUCUCUCUCUUCGAAUUUAA